AUGGUCACCACUUCUUCCAAUUUAGAUGUUCUGCCAAGGACCAGCAUAAAAGCCAGCCCAGAGCCUCUCACCCUCACACACUUCUCCUCACGCCUUCUCCAUCUGCUCCCCUCUCUUCCAGGGACCCUCCACACCACACCCAUGGCCUGCUACAACAUCUGCCGUCCCUGCGGACCCACCCCGCUGGCCAACAGCUGCAACGAGCCCUGUGCCCUGCAAUGCCAGGACUCCCGCGUCAUCAUCAACCCUUCCCCUGUGCUGGUGACCCUUCCAGGACCCAUCAUGACCUCCUUCCCCCAGAACACCGCUGUUGGAUCCACCUCCUCGGCUGCCGUGGGCACUGAACUCAGUGUGCAGGGACAGCCCAUCUCUGGUGGAUUUGGUGGAUUUGGUGGCUUUGGCUAUGGCCGUGGAUUUGGCUAUGGUCUGGGCUGCUAUGGCAGAAGGGGUGGCUACAACUGCUGA